AUGGUGGUGGCGGUGGAGAAGGGGGGGGUGGAGAGGAUCACACGGGUGAGCCUCCAGGGGAAGGCGGCGGCGGGGGGGAUUCCGGUGGUUGACCUGAGGAGGGGGGAGGUGGGGGGGGCGAUGGUGAGGGCCUGCGAGGAGGUGGGGUUCUUCAAGGUGGUCAACCACGGGGUGCCGGUGGAGCUGAUGGAGUGGCUGGAGGCGGAGACGGUGGGGUUCUUUGCCAGGCCGGAGGAGGAGAAGGAGAGGGCCGCGGGGGUGGCAGCGCCGUACGGGUACGGCAGCAGGAGGAUCGGCUGCAGCGGCGACGUCGGGUGGGUGGAGUACCUCCUGAUGCAGCUCCGCGGCGGCGUCGCCGACGGCCCCGUCACCGCCCUCCUCCACCAGCACGGCGCCGCCCGGCUCUGGUAAUCCUCCUCCUCGGAGGCCCUGAGAGUGACGACGAUGACGAUAACGACGACGACGACGAUGAUGAUCUCUGUGUGUGUGGGUGGGUUUCCUGGCAGCGCGGCCAUGGCGGAGUACACGGCGGCGGUGCGGGGACUGGCGGUGGCGCUGCUGGAGGAGAUGGGGAAGGCGCUGGGGCUUGCGGCGGGGGACGCGCUGAGCAGGAUGGUGGCGGACGAGGAGAGCGACUCCCUGUUCAGGCUGAACCACUACCCGCCUUGCCCCGCCGCUGGCGAGGAGGUGACCGGAUUCGGGGAGCACACUGACCCCCAGAUCGUCUCGAUUCUCCGGGCCAACGAGACCUGCGGGCUCCAGAUAGCCCUCAGGGACGGCAACUGGGUCUCCGUUCCCCCCGACCACUCCUCCUUGUUCGUCAACGUCGGAGACUCCCUCGAGGUUACCAUCCUCUUCCUCUUCCUCUCGACGCCUGUUUCUUCAUGUAUGUAGCCGUCUCUCUUCAUGAUCUUCCUCGCGGCAAGAGAGAAGACAGGAGCCUCUCUCUCUCUCUCUCUCUCUCUCUCUCUCUCUCUCUAUGAGAUGGGCCCAUGAUAAUUUAGAGAGAGAGGAUGGGAGAGAGGAAGAGGGGGAAAGAGAGAGCAGGGCCUGCACCCUUGGAGCUGAAUCUGCAUGUGCUCGGCCCUCUGAAUGGGUUGAGCUGACGACCAGAAUUUAUUGGGAGAGGAAGCGGAGGACGAUAUGGUUCUCUCCAACACUCGUGGCUCGACAGCUUUCGGUGACGACGGCCCCUCGCUGGCUCUCUCUCUCUCUCUCCCUCGCUUGAGUGAGAGAGAGGGACAGAGAGAGAGAGAGAGAGACAGAGAGAGAGAGAGAUAUAGCUAGAGUUGUUGCUCACGGGAGACAGUGCAUGCAGGUUCUGACAAACGGGAGAUUCAGGAGCGUGAGGCACAGGGUGGUGCUCGGCGAGGAGACGAGGUCUAGGGUUUCCAUGAUCUUCUUCGGGGGACCGCCGCCAGGGGGAAGGUUGGCGCCGCUCCCGCUGAUGGUGGCGGGCGGCCAGGAAAGCCUCUACCGGGAGAUCACCUGGUCCGAGUACAAGGAGUCCUCCUUCAGAACAAGGCUGGCCGACGACCGCCUCCUCCUCUUCCACAGGUAG